CCGCCCCGGCCGCCUGCGCGGGCGUGCGCGCGCGGCUGCUCGAGGAGGGCUUCGCCGCGCUGGCGCCCGCGGAGCUGCGGUGGUCCGUCAGCGUCGAGGCGCUCGCCAGGGGCGCGGUGGCGCUGGAGAGCUUCGGGUGGCCUGCCACCUUCCUUCUGAUGUACGACGAGGCCUGGGCCAUGGGCGCGGACGCCGCGCGGCUAAUGGCGGAGGCUACGGGCAACGCCCCUUGCCUGGACAUCGUGGGCUUCCACGUGGACCCGCGGCGCACCAAGGGCUUCUCGCCCCACCGGGACCGCCAGCCGGAGGACUGGACGCCCCGAGGUGUUCCCGCGCCCGUGUCCGGCACGUUCAAGGCUGACGGGAUGGCGAAGUACGUGACCCUGUGGGCGGCGCUGACGGACGCGACGCCCGACAACUCGUGCCUGCACUUCGUGCCGCGGUCCUGCGACCCUGGGUAUCCAGAU